GCACAUUAAAUAGGGGCGCCAAUUUACUUUACAAAUUUCGAAAUGGGUAUAUUGAGCACCGGAUUGGCCUCUGAUAUGAGGGUUUUGCUAUCUCGUCAGCAUGUUCAGAUAUCAAAGGCGCAGAUUGAAUCCAGUUUCUCAAACUUUCUCAGAUUAAUCGAAAAGAAGGAUGGAGACCAUACAUUUGUCGAAACUGAUAAAAAUCGUUUUCUAUAUCAAUCGGUCGACGAUUUUUACGUUUUCAUUAUGACAACUCUGGACUCUAACGUUAUUGAAGAUUUGAUAGUCGUAAAGACACUGGCAGAAGUUAUUCAGAAUUUGGUAAAGCCUACCAUGAACGAGGAGAACAUUGUAAAUAAUAUAUUUGAUAUUCUGUUUUAUAUGGAUGAGUUGGUCAGCAAUGGGAAAAGAGAACGCUUGACCUAUGACCAGAUCAAGCUGUAUAUAGACAUGGAUUCUCAUGAAGAAAAGAUGCACAAUAUGAUCCAAGACAACAAGGUCAAGGAGGAAAAGGAACGCCGCAAAGAAAUAGCUGCCAAAUUGGAAAAGAGAAAGCAGCUAGACCAUCUUUUUUUGGAUGCACAAGUUCAGCCAGUGUAUUCUCAGCCAGCUGCACAUGUUUCUCCACAACUGGUUCAUUCUCAAUCCCCCGUACACACUAGCUUGUACGAACAACCAAAGAUAAAUCUAAGGGCUAACCGCGGAAUUUCUUCACUUAAUACAUUAAGAAGUAAAGAAAAGGAAAUUACAAAGAUACUUGACGCUGAGGCUCCUGUAGUUGUCCAAGUUUUAGAAACCUGUAAUGGAAACUUGCACCUUGAUGGAGAUGUUGACGUUUUGAACAUGCAAGGAGAAAUCGUAGUAACGGUCUUUGAAGAAAUUGCAAAGUCCGCAGCUCUGGAGAUGUCUGACAAUCCAGAAAUAAAGUUCCGUUACCAUCCUACGGUUGAUAAAAAAUUGAUUUCAAAAUCCAAAAUUGAAAUGCAAAAUGAGUUAAAUCUUGGACAAUCUUUGUCUAUAGUAAAGUGGAGGUACAAACCAUCUAAUGAGGCAUUUCCUCUUGCUGUUAGUUGUUGGCCGAAUACCAAUGCAGGGGAAACUGUUGUUACAAUUGAGAUAAACAACAUCUCAGAAAUUCAUUUUCAAAGCAUAUCCUUUCAAAUACUAAAUUCAAGAUUCGACGAUGUAACUGUAAAUUAUAACGAUGGCGGUGAAGUAAAUAGGAAUGCGGAUUCUGUGAACUGGGUAAUUAGCAAUUUUGAGCCAAACCAGAUUAGCAAAUUUGAGUUUGUUACAGGAGGGGAUCUUAACAACAUCCUUCCCUUUACUUUGUUCGCACAAACUCCACAAUCGACGUCAAACAUAAAGAUAACAAAAUGUUACAAUAAAAGUGGUGGAGAGGACCUUGUACACGUUGUAAAGUCCCAGACUUCAUUCUCACUAACUAUUGGAGAGUAGUUUAUGAAUUUAAUAAUCAGAGG